AUGCGAUUGCGUCUUUUGUGCCUCCAUGGAUGGGGCACAAGUGAAAAGAUUCUACGCUCGCAAUUGAGUGGACUCAUCGGUGACCUGCAGAAAGACAACAAGGCCACAUUUCAUUUCCUAGAAGGCGAGGUCGACUCCGAUGCUGGACCGGGCAUCGCCGGUUAUUACGACGGGCCCUACUAUAGCUAUUAUCGUUUCCCACGGACAUUUUCCCUUGAAGAUGCAGACGAGACAGAUAUUCUAGAGGCGUACGAGCUGCUGUACGAAACAAUCUCCUUCCAUGGCCCUUUCGAUGGCGUGUUGGGAUUUUCUCACGGUGGCACACUGGCCGCUGGUUUCCUGAUCCAUCAUGCCAAACAACAGCGCGCCGGAAUAUUGCCGCCGGAGGCUCCGCCGUUCCGCUGUGCUAUCUUUGUCAAUUCCCUGCCUCCUUUUCACAUGAAUCCCGGGGAACAUCCUGUUAUAGACGAAGACCUGGAUGGGUACAUUACCAUACCCUGUGUAAGCAUUGCAGGCGCACAAGAUCCACUUUUCAACUGUUCUCUGGCCCUACAUCAAAUUUGCGACUCACGUUCUUCAACAUUCGUGGUGCAUGGGAAAGGUCAUGAUGUCCCCACAGAUCAGAGAAACGUAGCCAUCAUGACAUCUGCAAUUCGCAAGUUGUCUAUCCAGAUUUCUGGAAUAUGA